AUGAGUUCCUCCACCGAUGCUGCCGCCGUCGCGGCCCCGCCCAAGAAGACGUCGUGGCCGGAGGUGGCCGGGAAGACCAUCAAGGAGGCUAGGGAGAUCAUCCUCAAGGACAUGCCCGACGCCGACAUCGUCGUCCUGCCCGAGGGUUCCCCGGUGACCAGGGACUUCAGGACCAACCGCGUCCGCAUAUUCGUCGGCACCGUCGAAGGAACCCCCCACGUCGGCUAGAUUUGGUGCUCUUGCUUCAUGUUAACAGCCAGCAUACUCAUAUGCUCGCUCACGAAUAAAUGAAGAAUGGAUCCGUCCAGUUUGAUCUUGUAAUCCUGUUUGCGUGAAGUACAAUAAUCGAUCCUCUGUUUGCUUUGUGCUGUGUGAA